AUGCCGUCACUCAGGAAGGGUGCGGCUAUUCUCUGUUACACAGGAGAUGCUAACCUUGGAAACGGAGAUGAUCCAGUUCCCAGUAGAGCAGUUCCUAUGGACCCCAAGUGCAAUCCAGCACGAAUUAUCAAAACAAAACAGUGGUGUGAAAUGCUUCCAUGUUUAGAAGGAGAAGGCUGUGAUUUGCUAAUCAAUAAAUCAGGCUGGACCUGUACACAACCAGGAGGACGGAUAAAGACAACCACG